AUGCAUUCCACCACAACGUUGUUGAUCACCUCCCUGGUCGCGCUGUUCUUGUAUAAGACAAUUCGCCUCUUCUACUAUCUGAGGCUCGCGCGGGCGACAACCCUGCCAUAUGCGAUUACGCCAUUUCUUGAAACGGAGGCGGUGUCGCUCCUCAUGAACCCUGUCCUUCGCUAUAUCUACCGGUCGCAUUUGGACAGGAGUGAAGGCUGGCCGCGAUGGUGUCGUUUCUUCAUCAAAGACUGGUCGUGGGAGGACAAACGACGGGCCCACGACGAGUAUGGCGAUGUGUUCCUCUGCGUUUCGCCAGAGGGAAUCAUCUGUUACUCAGCCGAUGCCACUUUGGGUUGGGAUGUGAUGAACCGACGCAAUGACUUCACCAAGCCUCGAGAUAAGUACAAAAUUCUCGAGCCCUAUGGUCCGAAUGUUGCAACCGCCGAGGGGAAAACCUACCAAUUUUAUGUCCGGAUUACGGCGCCCCCAUUCAGUGACCUCUCCGGCGUAAACAGUCUGGUGUGGAAAGAGACUAUGUACCAGACAAAUCUCUUGACCGAAGCUUGGUCACAAUCUCCCCCGCAGGAGAUCCAGUUGGAUGUGAACCCUAACGCUGGCGCGCUCAAUGAUACGGUGCGCUAUAUGGUACCGAUCCUGCUCAUUCCACGGUGGCUAUUGAAUAUCACACUGUGGAAGAAAGCGGCUGUGGCGCAUGCGCAGCUGGAUCGAUAUCUACGACAGAUUAUCCGAGAUCAAAGAGCGAAGUUGUCGGCGGAUAUCAAUCAUGAUGAUGCUGACUCUCGGGGAAAUCUCCUGACCGCUGUAGUUCGAGCCUCGAUGAUCCUUGACCGGGAAAAAGCGUCCGCAGAGUCUCCUCGACAAUCAGAGGAAAGAACCAAGGGUUUCACUGAUGAUGAGACCAUGGGUAAUCUCUUUAUCUACCUCUUGGCUGGUGGGUCUGAUAGACAUAUACCUUGUGGAGGCUUUUCUAACUCGGAUCCCGCACAGGUUACGAGACCACAGCUAACGCCAUUAUUUACGGGCUCAUUGUGCUGGCUCUCUACCUGGAAAUCCAGGACAAAAGUUAUCGACGAGAUUGAUCAGGUGUAUCAACGAGCGCAAGCAGCCAACCGCUCGGAGCUCACGUAUGAGGAUGAUUUCGAACUCUUGGAAUACACCUACGGCUUCAUGUAUGAAACAUUUCGCUUGUUCCCUGGCGUUACCCUCAUCACCAAGGUGGCCAGCAAACCCGAACACAUCAUUACCGAUGGUCCGAAUGGGAGCCGGAAAUCCUACGUUCUGCCAGCUGAAACCCGAGUUUAUCUCAGUGCUCCGGGGGUCCAUUACCACCCUAAAUACUGGCCAGAGCCUUACAAGCUCGACCCGGGUCGCUGGCUUAGUGCACGAGGUGCGUCCAACACCACUGCCACAAACGGCAAGCGCGUUGUCGCGUCCGAUAGGACUCGACAGAUGAGAGGUAAACUACUAACUUUCUUGGAUGGCUCUCGUGCCUGUCUGGGACGUAAAUUCGCCCAAGCUGAGUACAUUGCUUUCUUCGUAAGCUUACUGCGGCGAUAUCGCGUGGAGCUGGCACCGGGAUCGGAUCCAGCUGUCGUGGAAAGGGAUCUGUACGGGAAGAGUGGGGGCAAAAUCACCCUUACUCCUUUAGAUAGUGUUCAGCUACUGAUCAGAUCGCGAUAA